GACAAAGAUGGCGGUACGGAAGAAAGACGGCGGCCCGAAUGUAAAAUAUUUCGAAGCGUCUGAUACCGUCUCGCAGUUCGACAAUGUCCGGGUUUGGCUGGGCAAGAAUUAUAAAAAGUAUAUUCAAGCAGAGCCCCCCACCAAUAAAUCCUUGUCAAGUCUGGUGGUUCAGCUGCUUCAGUUUCAGGAGGAAGUGUUUGGCCGGCAUGUCAGCAACCCUCCCCUCACUAAACUGCCGAUGAAGUGUUUUUUGGAUUUCAAAUCCGGAGGAGCUCUGUGUCAUAUUCUGGCUGCUGCCUACAAGUUCAAGAGUGAUCAAGGAUGGAGGAGGUUUGACUUCCAGAAUCCUUCGAGAAUGGACCGCAAUGUUGAAAUGUUCAUGACUAUAGAAAAGUCUUUGGUACAGAAUAACUGUUUGUCCCGACCUGUGAUUUACCUGAGUUCAGAGAUCGAGCCCAAACUACUGGGAAAACUGAAGGACAUUAUCAAACGACACCAGGGGUCUGUGACUGAAGAUAAGCUGUCCAGCUCUCAUGUAGUGAUCCCUAUUCCUGCUAGUCUGGAGGACGAAGAGUGGGUUCGUCCUGUAAUGAAGAGAGACAAACAGAUGCUGCUACACUGGGGCUACUGGCCUGAUAGUUAUGACACAUGGAUCUCAGCCAGUGAGGUGGAGGCUGCUGUGGAGGAUCCGCCCACUGCUGAGAAACCCAGGAAGGUCCAUGCCAAGUGGAUUCUGGACCUAGAUCAGUUUAACGAGUGGAUGAAUGAGGAAGACUAUGAGGUGGGAGAAGGAGGGCCGAGGAGGAAGAGAAUUUCAGCAAAGACCCUCACAGAUGAAGUGAGCGCUCCAGAUGAAAGGAGGGAUAAAAAACCCAGCAGUGCCAAAAAAAGGAAGCGCUCCCCAUCUCCAUCUCCUACACCUCCUCCACAAGAGAGCAAGAAGAAAAACACCAAGAAAGGGCCCACUACUCCCUACACUAAGUCCAAACGAGGACAGAGAGAGGAAGAACAGGAAGAUUUGACGAAAGAUUUAGAUGAACCCUCACCUGUGCCUGCAGUGGAGGAAGCAACACUACCUAAAACAGUGACUAAGAAGGACUCAGAUUCUACUCCAGUGAAAGGAGGCACUAUGACUGACCUGGAUGAGCAAGAAGAUGAAUCAAUGGAGACUGUAGGGAAGGAGGAAGAAGAAGGUUCUCCGAGUGUGAAAGGAGAACCGGUGAAGGGUUCAGACCUUCAUGAGGAUAAUGUCACUGAACAGACCCAUCAUAUCAUUAUCCCUAGCUAUGCUGCUUGGUUUGACUAUAACAGUGUCCACGCUAUAGAGCGCAGGGCACUGCCUGAGUUUUUCAAUGGGAAAAACAAAUCAAAGACUCCUGAAAUUUAUCUGGCAUACCGUAACUUCAUGAUCGACACAUACAGACUGAACCCACAGGAGUACUUGACCUCCACAGCCUGCCGUAGGAACCUGGCUGGAGAUGUUUGUGCCAUUAUGAGGGUCCAUGCAUUCCUGGAACAGUGGGGCUUGAUUAACUAUCAGGUGGAUUCAGAGAGUCGGCCCACUCCCAUGGGACCUCCACCCACCUCACACUUUCAUGUGCUGGCAGAUACUCCAUCAAGUCUGGUACCACUACAGCCUAAAGCAUCCCAGACUUCAUCCUCUCAACAGAUGCUGUCAUUCCCGGACAAAGUAAAGGACAAACCAGCUGACUUGCAGAACUUUGGGUUGAGGACAGAUGUGUACAGUAAGAAGAGUGGCCCAGCUAAAACUAAAAAUGCUGCCAGUGCCACUCGGGAGUGGACAGAUCAGGAGACGCUGCUACUUCUAGAGGGUCUAGAGAUGUAUAAAGAUGACUGGAAUAAAGUAUCGGAGCAUGUAGGAAGCCGCACGCAGGAUGAGUGCAUCCUACACUUUCUGCGUUUACCGAUAGAAGACCCCUACCUGGAGGACAGCUCCUCCUCCCUGGGCCCUCUGGCCUAUCAGCCAAUUCCGUUCAGUCAGGCGGGGAAUCCUGUCAUGAGCACUGUGGCAUUCCUGGCCUCUGUGGUUGACCCUCGAGUGGCUUCCGCUGCAGCUAAAUCAGCACUUGAGGAGUUUUCUCGAAUGAAGGAGGAGGUCCCGGCUGCGUUGGUGGAGGCUCAUGUGCGUCGAGUGGAGGAGGCGGCCAGAGCAAGUGGGAGGCCAGACCCUCUCUACGGCCUGGAGGGCAGCGGUAUCGCAGGAACCGGUCUUGAAGAUUCUGACAAACCCUCUGAGGAUGGAAGUGAAGAGAAUAAGAGCAGUGAUGGCCAAUCUAGCCAGGAUAAAAGAGAAAAUAAGGAGAGCAAAGACGGAGCCACUGAGGAGGAAGAAAAACAAGGAGAGAACGGCAAGAAAGAGGAAGAGAGAGUGAGAGAAGGGGAGACGGAGAGAGAGACUGAGAAAACAGAACCAGAAAUGGCCGAUGGCGAGAAGGAGAAAGACCGGAAGGAGGGAUCAGAAGAGGGUCAGAGGGAUGGAGAGAGUGAGGGAGAGAAGAAAGCAAAAGUGGAAAGAGAUGUAGGAGAGGGAAACUUGGCCACCGCCGCUGCUUCUGCACUUGCUGCUGCUGCCGUGAAAGCUAAGCACUUGGCAGCAGUAGAGGAAAGGAAGAUCAAGUCUCUGGUGGCUCUGCUGGUAGAGACCCAGAUGAAGAAACUAGAGAUCAAACUCAGACACUUUGAAGAGCUGGAAACCAUCAUGGACAGAGAGAGAGAGGCACUGGAGUAUCAGAGGCAGCAGCUUCUUGCUGAUCGUCAGUCGUUUCAUAUGGAGCAGCUGAAGUAUGCAGAGAUGAGAGCUCGACAGCAACACUUCCAGCAGAUCCAACACCAGCACCAUAGCAACCAGCCUGCCAAUCAGUCUGGCAGUACCCCAUCUGUAACCCACCAGCCUGUCGCUAACGCCUCUGCCCCGCCCCCAACACAAAGCCCCGCCUCCGUGACUACCCCUAAUGCCCACAGUGAGGCUCCACCACCCGCAUCUCACAGUUCUCCUCCCACCAACGCACAGACUGGAUCAGCGCAUGAAUCCAGCACUCCGCUACCAGGGGAUUCUCUCUUUCCAAACGCCCCUGUGCCUCCAACACAGUAAAAGAAAUGGUGAGAUUUAAAGGGGAUCAAUGAUUCCAGAGAAGAAAAUGAAGGAAAUUAGAUAGAAAGCAAAAGAUACAGAGAUAAAGGGAGCGGUGUCUUCUUUUUUUGUCACUUGCAUCAUUUUUGGGAGAAAAUGAUAUAAAUGAAUUCUUGCCAGCAUCUUUGAACGUGACGUUAUUCAAAAUAAAUAGCUAAAGCUAAACACAGAUAACUUUUAAACUGACUGAGAAAUAAAACAGAAAAAAGACCUUUGGUUUGGACUUUUGGAAAGGUCUUAAACCCAAAUCCCGGUUAAUACCCAACAAAAGCACUCUUGACCCAAACAGGCUCAAUAUACCCUUGUCCGUCCUCCAGUUUCAGUAACAUCUCUUAACUUUGAGCCGAACUACAGGAUCCAAGAUACCUGUGAUCUGCACUCCAGAAGCAUCUCAAUGUACUUUAGGUACUCAAAUGGAAACAAAAGAAAACCAAGAACAAAUUGCACUUUUAGAAUGUUUCCUGAAUCUUACGUUUUGGAGGGAUGAAGCAUAAAGUCAAAAUUAGCCCUGACUUAAUGUUUUCUUUUAACAACAUUCUUUUUAUCACUUAAUUUGUUUCAUAGAAGCACUCGAGUAAGUCCGAAGAGAAACUUGACUUUGUUAUCGUUACUUUGUAUGCGUGCGUGUGAAUGUCGGUUUUGCUUUUGGGACAAUGUGAAAGCUUCAGUGGUUUGGCCUGUUUUUAUGUACAAUUAGAUUUUAGCAUGAUUAAAAAAAAAAGAGGCAACUAAUUUUUUACUUUGUCUCUGACAACAUGUACUGUAAACCUGGAAGUCAUCAAUAAUUGAUGUUUGCAUGUUAUAUUUUGGGUAUGUGUGCACGUCAUUGCCACAAAAUAUCAUAAGUUACUCUAGCAGGUGAAAUUAGCUGUUUCAUCCUCAUCUCAUUGCAGUGCUUGAAUGCUUAAAUAUCGGAGUGUAUGAUUAAUCGACAGUGACAAAAUAAUGGGAAAUGCAGCAAGGAAUCAUAUUGGUUCCUUAAUUCAAAUGGAGUUGAAUCAGUCGUUUUAGUGAGAUCAUAUCGCACAUUUUAGUAAUCAGUGUUCAUGCAAGAACUGAUGUUUCAGUUCAGAUUGUUAACCCUUGUGUGUCAAUUUUAAAAAGCUACACAGAGGCCCUCAGAGGACAAAAAAUGUCCAGGUCAUAAAAAUAUCAUAUAGUAAUAUUUUUUUCUGCUUUCACUGACUGGCUAAUUUUCCAGCAUCUAUCCCAAUCAUAAAUCAUAGUCAUUUUCAGGAUUUUAACCCUUAUAAUUCUAUUUGUUUACAUAAUGCCAUCGGUGAAAAAGAAAAUAUAUUUUAUAUGAAGUAAACAGUAUUGAUUAUUACAGUAUUGGAUCACAGUUGUUAUGUUUACUAAAACUAAAAUCAUUUUAAAUAUGGCUCUUUUAAUAAGUAUCGAUGGGGAUAUUUUCGUCCUUUAGAUCCUGAGUAUAACUCAUUUUUAAUCCUAGAGUAUAUAUUUCUGAAUGAAAUUGAGGGCAAAAUAUUUCAUUGACAAUAAUUCUUUUUGACAUAUUACAACAUUUUAGUUGUUUGCAUUAACACAGCCAAAAUGGUCAAAAAUGAUGGUAAAGACUUAAAUGUCUUUAAGGACACACAAGGGUUAAAGAAUGUGUUGUGUGUGUGUGUGUGUCUGUGUGUAUGGGUGUUUUAGUAACAGGCCAAACCCACAGAAAGUAUUUACGACAUGAAGGAAAACCGUUUUGUUUUACAAAUUAGUGGCAACUACCUGAGUAGAACCAAGGGAGUUUAAAGUUACGUUUGCAGCUGUGGUCUGUGUAUCUCAUAUCUUCAUAUUGUAACUGUCCUAUUUUUGUAUUUUUAUAUGUUUCUUUACACUAUUACGAAUGAUGUAAUGCUGUUAUCAUAUUAUACAUGUCUGUAACGUUUCCUUCUCUUUCUGACUGUGGAUGUUGUCGUAUUAUUGACAUGUUCAUGUGAAAGUGUCAGUCGCUUUAUACGAUGAAGCUGGACUCUUUGUAUGUGUGUGUGUGUGUGUGUGUGUGUGUGUGUGUGUGUGUGUGUGUGUGGUGUGCAUGCACUCUUUGAUUUGCCACACAUCUUUUUGUUUGUACGUAUGUAUGUUUUAUUUUAACCUACAUUAAUUUGCCAUGUUUCCAGACUACAAAUGCUAUAGUAGUGAUGGAUGUAAAAUCUGCCAAUACCAGAACUCAUACACUCCCGCUGUGAUAGUCCCGCAGUUUACAUCCUCACACAUAUAUGUGAAUGCACAGGUAUGCAGUAGUCCAACAUGCAGUAUUACUGACAGAACAGAUUCACAUCAACCUCACAGUUUUGCACGACUCAUAACCAGUGUUGAAAAUGUCAAUCGAUCAGUUUGAUCAGCUCUUUGGUCUUUUUUACAUUGUAGUGGUAUAAGUAGUUGUCGUUUUUUUUUUUUUUUUUUACAUUUUGCAUUUUGUUUAUCCUUUUUUUUUUUUUUUUUAAUGGUGAAAGCUGGUAACCAUUGCAUUGAGGUGUGUGUGAAUGUUUGAAGAUGUAGCAGGAGCUGUCUAGCACCUGUUUGACCAUGAAUGGAUCAAUUUUGGUUUCAAAAGUACUGAAUGGUUCUGCACAAUAAAAGACAUCAUCAGUGA